AUGCCUGACUCCUUUGCACACUCGCUCUCCCCCAUCGUGGAAGAAGGAAGUAUCUCUCGACGCAUUGGCGACGUUCUUGUCACAGUCUCUGCCUGCAAUGCCGACGUUUUCGACAACUUUCAUCUUUACACCAUUGCCAACGGAUUCAUUUUGACCAGCCCAAAGCUUGGUUGUGGAGGUAGUAUUUCUCUUCAGCGCCGAGUCUACGCCGGGCCGAUCCCCCCUGGUUUUGUCGUCGACCACGUCGAUCGGAACCCUCUCAACAACGUGUUGUCCAACCUGCGCCUCCGCCUCCUGGAACGGCGCACCAAUCUGCUUGUUGUGAUGGGCGAGAAACGCCCUAGGGUCAUCAGUACAAGGAUGACUCCUGUUUUUAUAUCUAAACGCCGAUUCCACGAAGUCGAAAAGGCUGCGCACUGGCGCCAGAAGAAGGUGGCCGAGAACUUCAACAAGGCUCGCCCUGCCACCACAAAGGCCGAGGAAAAAUAA